GUGACCAUGGGGGGUGGGGCAGCUAACGGAUGUGGCAUGGGGCGGGGGACCAGGCCGGAGGCGGGCUGCCGGGAGGGGGGAUUCCCUCGUGCCCCAAGGGCGAAUAUCAGGUCGGAGGAAGGGGCUGAGGGGAUUCCCUCUCGCACCCGGUCCGACUCUUCGCUCCCCAAGCCGCGGAGGGCCAGCCUCUUCCUUGGCGCCCUCCAGGCCUGUUGGAGGUGAGGGAGGUGGGGUGAGGUGGUGCCCGCCCUCCCCCUCCGGCUCCUCCUUUCCCCCAGUCCUCCCCUCCCACCACCCUCCCCCCCAACCGGUCCGUCCCUCCCCUCCCUCCCUCCCGCCCUCCCCCCCGCCGCCUCCUCCUCCUGCCGCUGCCGCUGCUUUGGCUGCUGCGUCAUACGCCCCAGAGCCGCCGGGACGGAGGGGCUGGGCCUGGGGACCCCCCGGCCUCCGCCUGCACGCCCCCCCACGCCCGGACGUGCCCUCUCCGCGCGGGGGACUCGCCUAGGUCUCCUACGUCUGCCCCUGCCCGGCUCCCGGCGGCCCCAGCUGUCACCGGCCCCCCCAGGAUGCAAUGGCGCAGCCCCCCCGGCUGAGCCGCUCUGCUGCCUCCUCACUUUGGGACCCAGCUUCUCCUGCUCCCACCUCUGGCCCCAGGCCUCGGCUUUGGGAGGGUCAAGAUGUGCUGGCCAGAUGGACUGAUGGGCUGCUAUACUUGGGUACCAUCAAAAAGGUGGACAGUGCUAGGGAGGUGUGUCUGGUCCAGUUUGAGGAUGAUUCACAGUUUCUGGUUCUGUGGAAAGACAUUAGCCCUGCUGCCCUCCCUGGAGAGGAACUCCUCUGUUGUGUCUGUCGCUCUGAGACUGUGGUCCCUGGGAACCGGCUGGUCAGCUGUGAGAAGUGUCGCCAUGCUUAUCACCAGGACUGCCAUGUUCCCAGGGCUCCAGCCCCUGGAGAGGGAGAGGGCACAUCCUGGGUAUGCCGCCAGUGUGUCUUUGCAAUCGCCACCAAGAGGGGAGGUGCCCUGAAGAAGGGCCCCUAUGCCCGGGCCAUGCUGGGUAUGAAGCUGUCUCUGCCAUAUGGACUGAAGGGGCUGGACUGGGAUGCUGGACAUCUGAGCAACCGACAGCAGAGUUACUGUUACUGUGGUGGCCCUGGGGAGUGGAACCUGAAAAUGCUGCAGUGCCGGAGCUGCCUGCAGUGGUUCCAUGAGGCCUGCACCCAGUGUCUGAGCAAGCCCCUCCUCUAUGGGGACAGGUUCUACGAAUUUGAAUGCUGUGUGUGUCGCGGGGGCCCUGAGAAAGUCCGGAGACUACAGCUUCGCUGGGUGGAUGUGGCCCAUCUUGUCCUGUAUCACCUCAGCGUUUGCUGUAAGAAGAAAUACUUUGAUUUUGAUCGUGAGAUCCUCCCCUUCACUUCUGAGAAUUGGGACAGUUUGCUCCUGGGGGAGCUUUCAGACACCCCCAAAGGAGAACGUUCUUCCAAGCUCCUCUCUGCUCUCAACAGCCACAAGGACCGUUUCAUUUCAGGGAGAGAGAUUAAGAAGAGGAAAUGUUUGUUUGGUCUCCAUGCUCGGAUGCCUCCCCCUGUGGAGCCCCCUACUGGAGAUGGAGCACUCACCAGCUUCCCUUCAGGGCAGGGCCCUGGGGGAGGGGUCUCACGUCCCCUGGGGAAGCGCCGGAGGCCGGAGCCAGAGCCCCUGAGGAGGAGGCAGAAGGGGAAAGUGGAGGAGCUGGGGCCACCCUCAGCAGUGCGCAAUCAGCCCGAGCCCCGGGAGCAGAGGGAGCGGGCUCAUCUGCAGAGGGCACUGCAGGCCUCAGUGUCUCCACCAUCCCCCAGCCCUAACCAGAGUUACCAGGGCAGCAGCGGCUACAACUUCCGGCCCACAGAUGCCCGCUGCCUGCCCAGCAGCCCCAUCCGGAUGUUUGCUUCCUUCCACCCUUCUGCCAGCACCGCAGGGACCUCUGGGGACGGUGAACCCCCAGACAGGUCACCCCUGGAACUUCACAUUGGUUUCCCCACAGACAUCCCUAAAAGUGCCCCCCACUCGAUGACUGCCUCAUCUUCCUCAGUCUCAUCCCCAUCCCCAGGUCUUCCUAGACGCUCAGCACCCCCUUCUCCCCUGUGCCGUAGUUUGUCUCCUGGGACUGGGGGAGGAGUCCGAGGUGGGGUUGGUUACCUGUCCCGAGGGGACCCUGUCCGGGUCCUUGCUCGGAGAGUACGGCCUGAUGGCUCUGUGCAGUACUUGGUUGAGUGGGGAGGAGGGGGCAUCUUCUGAACAUCCUGCCUCUGCCCAGCUCCCCAUUCACACACACCGGCACUUUCAUACCCUGACCUCUGACCUCACCUACAGCUGGGAUGUACCUGGAGAGAUAGGGGGUAGUUCUCCCUACUGCCCAGGCUGGAAUCCAAGAGUGGGGGGUGGGGAAGAGACACUCUUCUCUACCCUCCUUCAUGAUUCCUGACCCCUCCCAUCCUUCCCAUUUCCUUUGAUGUUAUUUUGUUACAGCUUUUUAAAUAUUUUUUAAAAUUAUUUAACCCCUGGGGGCAGAGACUGAGGAGGGAGGAUGAUAAGGGAUCCCGGACUCUGUAUGAUUGAAAUAAAGAGAAAUAAACAAA